AUGACCAUGCUACAUAUUCCUUUCUUUGGUGCUAAGACUAUUGGCCGAAGAAGUUCUGAUGGACCAGUGCUGAGUAAAGCUGAAUUUGUUGAGAAAGUUCGUCAAAGUAACCAGGCUUGUCAUGAUGGAGAUUUCCACACAGCUAUUGUUCUGUAUAAUGAAGCCCUGGCUGUUGACCCUCAGAACUGCAUAUUAUACAGCAAUAGAUCUGCAGCCUACAUGAAAAUUCAGCAGUAUGACAAGGCACUGGAUGAUGCCAUCAAAGCCCGACUUCUCAAUCCCAAAUGGCCAAAGGCAUACUUCCGACAGGGUGUUGCCCUGCAGUACCUCGGACGCCAUGCCGAUGCCCUGGCAGCCUUUGCAUCUGGGCUGGCUCAGGACCCCAAGAGUCUCCAGCUUCUGGUGGGGAUGGUAGAAGCUGCCAUGAAAUCACCCAUGAGAGAUUCCCUGGAGCCCACUUACCAGCAGCUUCAGAAAAUGAAACUGGACAAGAGUCCCUUCGUGGUUGUAUCUGUGGUUGGACAGGAACUCUUGACGUCCGGCCAUCAUGGAGCCUCUGUGGUUGUCUUAGAAGCUGCUCUGAAGAUUGGCACCUGCAGCCUCAAACUGAGAGGUUCCGUUUUCUCUGCCCUGAGCAGUGCUUACUGGUCUCUCGGGAACACAGAGAAGAGCACUGGAUACAUGCAGCAGGACUUGGACGUAGCCAAGACCUUAGGUGACCAGACAGGGGAAUGCCGAGCUCAUGGGAAUCUAGGCUCUGCAUUCUUCUCGAAAGGAAAUUACCGGGAGGCUCUCACCAACCACAGGCAUCAGCUGGUGCUCGCCAUGAAACUCAAGGAUCGAGAGGCAGCUUCGUCAGCCCUGAGCAGUCUGGGUCACGUGUACACGGCCAUUGGAGACUACCCGAAUGCCCUGGCCAGUCACAAGCAGUGUGUGCUCCUCGCCAAGCAAUCCAAAGAUGAACUUUCAGAAGCCCGGGAGCUCGGCAAUAUGGGCGCCGUGUACAUCGCCAUGGGUGACUUUGAGAAUGCCGUGCAGUGCCACGAGCAGCACCUGAAGAUCGCCAAGGACCUGGGCAACAAGCGAGAAGAGGCCCGGGCCUACAGCAACCUGGGCAGUGCCUACCACUACCGGCGGAACUUUGACAAGGCCAUGUCUUACCACAACUACGUGCUGGAGCUGGCCCAGGAGUUGAUGGAGAAGGCCAUUGAGAUGCGGGCCUAUGCUGGCCUGGGCCACGCUGCCAGGUGCAUGCAGGAUUUGGAGAGAGCCAAGCAGUACCACGAGCAGCAGCUGGGCAUUGCUGAGACUCUCAAGGACCGGGCUGCAGAGGGGCGAGCAUCCUCCAACCUGGGAAUAAUACACCAGAUGAAGGGGGACUAUGAUGCGGCACUGAAACUCCACAAGACCCACCUGUGCAUUGCCCAAGAGCUGAGUGACUAUGCUGCUCAGGGCCGGGCCUACGGGAACAUGGGCAAUGCCUACAAUGCUCUGGGCCUGUAUGACCAGGCUGUGAAGUUCCACCGGCAGGAGCUGCAGAUCUCCAUGGAAGUGAACGACCGUGCCUCACAGGCCUCCACACACGGCAACCUUGCUGUGGCCUACCAGGCCCUGGGCGCCCACGACCGGGCGCUGCAGCACUACCAGAACCACCUAAACAUUGCCCGUGAACUGCGCGACAUCCAGAGUGAGGCCCGGGCCCUUGGCAACCUGGGCAAUUUCCACUGCUCUCGGGGCGAAUUCAUGCAGGCCGCCCCCUAUUAUGAGCAGUACCUCAGGCUCGCCCCCGACCUUCAGGACAUGGAAGGAGAAGGGAAGGUCUGCCACAAUCUGGGUUAUGCCCACUACUGCCUGGGUAACUACCAGGAGGCAGUGAAGUACUAUGAGCAGGACCUGGCCCUGGCCAAAGACCUCCACGACAAGUUGAGCCAAGCAAAAGCCUACUGCAACUUGGGGCUGGCAUUCAAGGCUCUGCUGAAUUUCAGCAAAGCUGAGGAGUGUCAGAAAUACCUACUGUCCCUUGCCCAAUCCCUGAAUAAUUCCCAGGCAAAAUUCCGAGCCCUAGGAAACCUGGGUGACAUAUUCGUCUGUAAAAAAGAUAUCAAUGGUGCAAUAAAGUUCUACGAGCAGCAGCUGGGCUUGGCUCACCACGUGAAGGACCGGAGGUUGGAGGCCAGCGCGUACGCAGCCCUGGGCACAGCAUACCGAAUGGUGCAGAAGUAUGACAAGGCCUUGGGCUAUCACACUCAGGAGCUGGAGGUCUAUCAGGAGCUGAGCGACCUGCCAGGGGAGUGCCGAGCUCACGGGCACCUGGCUGCUGUCUACAUGGCCCUGGGCAAGUACACGAUGGCCUUCAAGUGUUAUGAAGAGCAGCUGGACCUAGGACAGAAGCUGAAGGACCCGAGUCUAGAAGCCCAGGUCUAUGGCAACAUGGGCAUCACCAAGAUGAACAUGAAUGUGAUGGAAGAAGCCAUCGGCUACUUCGAGCAGCAGUUGGCCAUGCUGCAGCAGCUGAGUGGAAAUGAAUCUGUGCUGGACAGGGGCCGGGCCUACGGCAACCUGGGGGACUGUUACGAGGCCCUGGGGGACUGCGAGGAAGCCAUCAAAUACUAUGAACAGUACUUAUCUGUUGCCCAGAGUCUGAAUCGCAUGCAAGACCAAGCCAAGGCUUACCGGGGCCUAGGAAACGGACACAGGGCCAUGGGAAGCUUGCAGCAAGCCCUCGUGUGCUUCGAAAAGAGGCUCGUGGUUGCCCAUGAGCUUGGAGAGGCCUUCAAUAAAGCCCAGGCCUAUGGGGAGCUGGGGAGCCUGCACAGCCAGCUAGGGAAUUAUGAGCAAGCCAUUUCCUGCCUAGAGCGCCAGCUGAACAUCGCCAGAGAAAUGAAGGACCGAGCGCUUGAGAGCGAUGCGGCCUGUGGCCUGGGGGGCGUGUACCAGCAGAUGGGAGAGUAUGAUACUGCCCUCCAGUACCACCAGCUCGACCUGCAAAUAGCGGAGGAAACCAACAACCCCACGUGUCAGGGCCGAGCCUAUGGGAACCUGGGUCUGACCUAUGAGUCUCUGGGCACCUUUGAGAGGGCGGUGGUCUAUCAAGAGCAGCACCUGAGCAUCGCUGCCCAGAUGAAUGACCUGGUGGCCAAGACAGUUUCCUACAGCAGCCUCGGGAGGACCCAUCAUGCCUUGCAGAACUACUCCCAAGCUGUCAUGUACUUACAGGAAGGUCUGAGGCUAGCAGAGCAAUUGGGCCGAAGAGAAGAUGAGGCCAAAAUCCGCCAUGGACUUGGCCUCUCCCUUUGGGCUAGUGGAAAUCUGGAGGAAGCCCAGCACCAGCUCUACAGGGCAUCGGCCUUGUUUGAAACAAUCCGACAUGAGGCACAGCUGAGCACGGACUACAAACUCUCCCUCUUUGACCUGCAGACAUCUUCCUACCAGGCUUUGCAGCGGGUGUUGGUCAGCCUCGGCCAUCACGAUGAAGCCCUGGCCGUGGCAGAGAGAGGACGGACAAGGGCAUUUGCUGACCUGCUAGUGGAGCGCCAAACAGGACACCAGGACACUGACCCCUACUCUCCAGUCACCAUCGAUCAGAUCUUAGAGAUGGUCAACAGCCAGAGGGCCCUGGUGCUCUAUUACUCUCUGGCCGCAGGCUACCUGUACAGCUGGCUGCUUGCUCCCGGGGCAGGAAUCCUCAAGUUUCACGAGCACUAUGUGGGUGACAGUGCGGUGGAGAACCCCGGUGACUUCCAGGUCGGCAGCAGUGCAGGCCUUCCCACGGCAACCAGCUCGGCCCUUGAGCAGCAUAUCGCCAGCGUCCGGGAGGCCCUGGGAGUGGAGUCCUACUACUCCAGGGCCUGCGUCAGCAGCGAAACCGAGAGUGAGGCUGGGGACAUCAUGGACCAGCACUUCGAAGAGAUGAACAACAAACUUAACUCAGUGACCGACCCGACGGGCUUUCUGCGAAUGGUUAGCCGCAACAACCUCUUUAACAGGAGCUGCCAGAGCAUGACCAGCCUGUUCAGUAAUUCGGUGUCACCCAUCAAGGACGGGACCUCCUCUCUUCCCAGGAGGCAAAGCUCGUUCGCCAAGCCCCCUCUCCGUGCUCUGUACGACCUGCUCAUCGCGCCAAUGGAAGGGGGCCUGAUGCACUCCAGCGGCCCCGUGGGCCGGCACCGGCAGCUGGUCCUGGUCUUGGAAGGGGAGCUCUACCUCAUGCCCUUUGCCCUCCUGAAGGGAAGCUCCUCCAAUGAGUACCUGUAUGAGCGCUUCACCCUCAUCGCCGUGCCUUCUAUUUGCUCCCUGAGCGCACAAGCCAAGUCUCACCUGAGGAGCCGCCCGCCUGUUUACACCAGCUCCACAUCCAUGGCAGCCGUGAUUGGCAACCCCCGGCUCCCAGCGGCAGUGAUGGACAGGUGGCUGUGGGGGCCAAUGCCGUCGGCCGAGGAGGAGGCCUACAUGGUGUCAGAGCUGCUGGGCUGCCAACCCCUGGUGGGCAGCGUGGCCACCAAGGAGCGGGUCACAAGUGCCCUGACGCAGGCCGAGUGUGUCCACUUUGCCACCCACAUCUCCUGGAAGCUGUCAGCCUUGGUCCUCACACCCAACAUGGACGGCAACCCUGGCAGCAGCAGGAGCUCCCUAGGUCACCCCUACACGAUUCCUGAGUCGCUGAGGAUGCAGGAUGACGCGAGUGACGUGGAGAGCAUCUCAGACUGCCCGCCUCUUCAGGAGCUGCUGCUCACGGCUGCCGAUGUCCUGGACCUGCGGCUGCCGGUCAAGCUGGUGGUCCUUGGCUCCUCUCAGGAGUCCAACAGCAAAGUCACAGCUGACGGGGUCAUCGCGCUGACACGGGCCUUCCUGGCUGCCGGCGCACAGUGCGUCCUCGUGUCUCUGUGGCCUGUACCUGUGGCUGCUUCCAAAAUGUUCAUCCAUGCCUUCUACUCGUCCCUGCUCAACGGCCUCAAGGCCAGCGCCGCCCUGGGGGAGGCCAUGAAGGCAGUGCAGAGCAGCUCGUCCUUCGCGCACCCCUCCAACUGGGCAGGUUUUAUGCUCAUUGGGAGUGACGUUAAACUGAACAGCCCCUCAUCCCUCAUUGGCCAGGCCCUCACAGAGAUCCUACAGCACCCGGAACAUGCCCGGGAUGCCCUGCGAGUCCUGCUGCACCUGGUGGAGAAGUCUCUGCAGCGCAUACAGAACGGGCAGCGCAACGCCAUGUACACGUCCCAGCAGAGCGUGGAAAACAAAGUGGGUGGCAUCCCUGGCUGGCAGGCCCUCCUCACUGCCGUGGGCUUCCGGCUGGAUCCCCCGGCCAGCGGUCUGCCGGCAGCCGUAUUCUUCCCAACCUCGGACCCUGGGGACCGACUGCAGCAGUGCAGCACCACCAUCCAGUCCCUGCUGGGUCUGCCCAGUCCUGCCCUUCAGGCACUCUGCAAACUCCUCACUGCUUCAGAGACAGGCGAGCAGCUCAUCAGCCGGGCUGUUAAAAAUAUGGUUGGAAUGCUCCACCAGGUGCUGGUCCAGCUCCAGGCUGGCGAGAAGGAGCAAGACUUUGCGUCAGCGCCCAUCCAGGUCUCCAUCAGCGUCCAACUGUGGCGGCUCCCGGGAUGUCACGAGUUCCUGGCAGCUCUAGGUUUUGACCUCUGUGAAGUUGGUCAGGAGGAAGUGAUUCUGAAAACUGGAAAGCAGGCCAACCGGCGGACCAUGCACUUUGCGCUCCAGUCCCUGCUGUCCCUCUUCGAUUCCACCGAACUACCCAAGCGCCUCAGCCUAGACAGCUCGUCCUCGCUGGAGUCUCUGGCGUCAGCCCAGUCGGUGUGUAACGCCCUGCCCCUGGGCUGCCAGCCCCCGCCCUUCUCGCCCACGGGUGCAGACAGCAUGGCCUCGGACGCCAUCUCCGUGUACAGCCUGAGCUCCAUCGCCUCCUCCAUGAGCUAUGUCUCCAAGCCUGAGGUAGGGUUAGAAGGGGGAGGCCCCAGAGGACGACAUGACUACGACCGGUCCAAAACCACUUACCCACAGAGGUCUACCUUGCCUCGGUGCCAGAUGUCCCCACAGACCCGCACCGCAGGCAGCAAAGAUGAAGACGAGUAUGAAGGCUUUGCCAUCAUCAGCACGGAGCCUCUGACACGACUCUCUCCAGAUCACAGGCAGCCCAGAGUCGGGACAGCUGGUGGCCUGAGAGUUUCUGUCAGUACCCCAAACUCCCCAGUCAAGAUGCCACUCAUUCCCAGCCCAAACUCCCCCUUCCAAAAGGUGGGGAAACUAGCAAGUUCAGAUACUGGAGAAUCAGACCAAUCCAGCACAGAGACAGAUAGCACGGUGAAAUCCCAAGAGGAGAGCAACUCCAAGCUCGAUCCACAAGAGUUAGCCCAGAAAAUCCUAGAGGAGACCCAGAGCCAUCUCAUGGCAGUGGAGCGGCUUCAAAGAAGUGGCAGUCAAGUGGGCAAGGGUAAGAGCUCCGAUGACAGCACUUCCAUGUCUAACAGCACUGCUGUCUUCAGAGCAUCAGAAACGAGUGCAUUCAGCAGGCCUGUCCUCUCCCAUCAAAAGAGCCAACAGUCACCACUUACUGUUAAGCCAAAGCCCCCAGCCAGAAGCUCAUCCCUCCCCAAGGUGAGCUCAGGGUAUAACAGCCCCACCACUUCGGAGACAUCCUUCAAAGACAGCCGGAGCCAGCACAGCCGCCAACCCUCACCUGGCUCCGACUCCCAGGCGUCCCUGACUGACCAGCCUCUCUUUAAACUCAAGUACCCCAGCUCUCCUUACAGUGCUCAUAUUUCCAAGUCCCCAAGGAACAUGUCCCCAAGCUCGGGCCACCAGUCUCCUGCUGGUAGUGCACCAUCCCCAGCUCUCUCCUAUUCUUCAGCGGGUUCAGCUCGUUCGAGCCCAGCAGAUGCGCCAGACAUAGACAAACUGAAAAUGGCAGCCAUUGAUGAGAAGGUGCAGGCCAUCCACAACCUGAAGAUGUUUUGGCAGAGCACACCCCAACAUCCCCCAGGGCCCAUGAAAAUAUUCCGUGGGCCCCCAGGAACGAUGACAUCGAAGAGAGAUGUCCUCAGUCUGUUAAAUUUGUCGCCUCGGCACAACAAGAAGGAAGAAGGAGCAGACAAGCUUGAACUGAAGGAGCUAUCUCUGCAGCAGCACAGCGAGGCGUCACCCGAGCCCCCUCCUAAUGGCCACUGGCACACACAGACCACCAGGCUGAGCACACUCCCAUUGCCCACCGGCACUCCCGCUGCCCCCACGCGCCCUUUGAGACUUCCUUCUGGAAACGGCUACAAGUUUCUGUCCCCAGGAAGAUUUUUCCCUUCUUCCAAAUGCUGA